UUUAUCGAGGAUAUAAUCAAAUUUGUGAGUGUUUCAGGUCAGAACGUCUAGUUUGGUCAGAUCAUCUGUACAAACUUUUGCAAGCGCAAAAUGAGUUCCGCCAGCGUCGCAGAAGCUCCUGUUUUAAACAAUUUACCUGGACGAAGCCAAACGAUAUGCCGAUAUUAUUUACGAGGCAUUUGUCGAUUCGGUGACCUUUGUCGCUUCUCUCAUGAUUUAACGCUAGGCCAACCUGAAGGUGAGCAGCGUGCCCGCAACACAAAUUCAAACACCGGUGCCGAAGCGGAUGUGGAUGUGGAAGCUGAUGCUGAUGUAUUCCCUAGCACCAGUCGACGCAAUUGGGCAAAUGCGCCGAUCUUUGUGCCCGGCCAGAAAAGCUUCAUAGCCCAAUGCCUAAAGGACAAUCAUCUUGAAGACGAAGCUGCGGCUUCGGUUACUAGCAGUGCCGUUGUGCAAAGUGGGAUCUCAUAUGCGGAGAUUGUUGGUGGUCCUUCCACGAAUGACAUGGACGUUGUCUUUAAACAUGGUGAGCCGAACUCUUUGGAGGAGAUUUGUCCAUAUGAGAGUCCAUGUCCUUAUGGCGAGUAUUGUCCCUAUCGCAUACAUAUGGAACUAUGCGAGAUGUGCGACCAAUAUUGCCUGCAUCCCACGGACCAAGCUCAACGCAAGAAACAUAAACGUGAAUGUUUGCAKCAGCACGAACAGGCAAUGGAAUUAUCAUUUGCGAUUGCCCAGUCAAAGGAUAAGACGUGUGGCAUCUGCUUUGAUACCAUAAUGGAAAAGGCUGGUCGAGAGAAACGUUUUGGUAUUCUACCCAACUGUAAUCAUAUCUUUUGCUUGGAGUGCAUCCGUACAUGGCGACAAGCGAAACAAUUUGAGCAUAAAAUUACGCGAGCUUGCCCCGAAUGUCGUGUCUGUUCUGACUUUGUUUGUCCCAGCGCUUAUUGGGUUGAAACUAAGGAGGAAAAGGACAAACUGCUUAAUGAUUAUCGCGCGGCUCUCGGUGCCAAGGAUUGCAAAUAUUUCAAGAAAGGCGAAGGAAAAUGUCCUUUUGGCAACAAGUGUUUCUAUAAGCACGCUCUAGCCAACGGUGAUAUUGUGGAUGUUGGUUUGCCGAAGCGAGCUCGUAAAUUGCAUAGCCAAAAUCAACUAAUGGAUUUACUCGAUGUAAGUAUAUCAAACUAA